GGAGCCAUGGCCCUGAGCGAGCUGGCGCUGCUCCGCUGGGUGCAGGAGAGCCGCCACUCACGGAAGCUCAUCCUGUUCAUCGUAUUCAUCGCGCUGCUGCUGGACAACAUGCUGCUCACCGUUGUGGUACCCAUCAUCCCCAGUUACUUGUACAGCAUUGAGCAUGAGAAAAAUGCUACAGAAACCCAGACUGCCAAGCCAGGGCGCAUGGCCUCUACCACGGGCAGCUUCCAAAGCAUCUUCUCCUAUUAUGACAACUCCACCAUGGUCACCGGGAACACCACCGGAGGCCCUGAGCUGGGGCAGCUACAUAAGACCACCACUCAGCACAUGGUGACCAACACGUCCACUGCCCCUUCCGACUGCCCCAAGGAAGACCAAGACCUCCUGAAUGAAAACGUGCAGGUCGGCCUGCUGUUCGCCUCUAAAGCCACGGUCCAGCUCCUCACCAACCCUUUCAUAGGACUGCUGACCAACAGAAUCGGCUACCCAAUUCCAAUGUUUGCGGGAUUCUGCAUCAUGUUUAUCUCAACAAUUAUGUUUGCCUUCUCCCGCAGCUACGCGCUGCUGCUGAUUGCCAGGUCCCUGCAAGGCAUCGGGUCCUCCUGCUCCUCCGUGGCUGGGAUGGGCAUGCUUGCCAGCGUGUACACCGAUGACCAGGAGAGAGGCAACGCCAUGGGGAUUGCCCUGGGAGGCCUGGCCAUGGGGGUGUUAGUGGGCCCCACCUUUGGGAGUGUGCUGUACGAGUUUGUGGGGAAGACGGCACCUUUCCUGGUGCUGGCCACCUUGGUGCUCUUGGAUGGAGCUAUUCAGAUCUUUGUGCUCCAGCCGUCUCGGGUGCAGCCAGAGAGUCAGAAGGGGACUCCGAUAACCACCCUGCUGCAGGACCCGUACAUCCUCAUCGCUGCAGGGUCCAUCUGCUUUGCAAACAUGGGGAUCGCCAUGCUGGAGCCAGCCCUGCCCAUCUGGAUGAUGGAGACCAUGUGUUCCCGCAAGUGGCAGCUGGGCAUUGCUUUCUUGCCAGCCAGUAUCUCUUAUCUCAUUGGAACCAAUAUUUUUGGGAUACUCGCACACAAAAUGGGGAGAUGGCUUUGUGCUCUUCUGGGAAUGAUAAUCGUUGGAGUCAGCAUUUUAUGUAUUCCUUUUGCAAAAAACAUUUAUGGACUCAUAGCUCCCAACUUUGGAGUUGGUUUUGCAAUUGGAAUGGUGGACUCGUCAAUGAUGCCCAUCAUGGGCUACCUCGUAGACCUGCGGCAUGUGUCCGUCUAUGGGAGUGUGUAUGCCAUUGCAGAUGUUGCAUUUUGUAUGGGAUAUGCCAUAGGUCCUUCUGCUGGUGGGGCUGUCGCCAAGGCAAUUGGAUUUCCAUGGCUCAUGACAAUUAUUGGAAUAAUUGAUAUUCUUUUUGCUCCUCUCUGCUUUUUUCUUCGAAGUCCACCUGCCAAGGAAGAAAAAAUGGCUAUUCUCAUGGAUCACAACUGCCCCAUUAAAACAAAAAUGUAUACCCAGAAUAACAUCCAGUCAUAUCCAAUAGGUGAUGAUGAAGAAUCUGAAAGUGACUGAGAGCCUCCAAAGUCAUCCAAGUAUUAAAUUGUAUAAAACAGUGUUUCCAGUGCAAUGACUUAUCCAGCCUGUCUUAGUCAUACCAUCUGUCCCUUGUUAAAGAGUAAAGCAACCAAAGGUUCUUUUCCAUGGUUAUGAUCGUUUGCCAACAGCCUUAUAAAGAAAAAGAAGCUUUUCUAGGGUUUGUAUAAAUAGUGUUGAAAACUUUAUUUUAUGUAUUUGGUUUUAUUAAAUAUCAUACAAUAUAUUUUGGCAAAAUAGGUAUAGUGUAAAUCUAUAAAUAUUUGAAUCCAAAUCAAAUAUAAUUUUUUAGCUUACAUUCACGAACACUUGGCAAAAAGAAAAAUCCUCUAUUUUUUCUGAAUAUUGGUAAUGAGUGUUUACAACUAAAGCACACAUUAUCUCUGAGACUCUUCCAACAAUGAGAAGCUAGGAGGAAGUCUGAAAAAGAGAAUCAAGUAAGACAGCAUACAUUAUACAGUGACUUGGAAUGUGUGCUGAGUUAUUUAACUUGUAAUUAUUAUCAAUGUGUUUACGAAUUAAAUGCUAACUAUCUCAAGUGGACAGGACAUGAACUUGAGUCAGUCAUCUUUUGGACUUACCCAUAAACCUUAGCUGGCAUAGUUUUCGGUGUAAUCACCUACCUGUAAACAGAUGGUUAUAAAUUAUGUUUACGUGUCCUGUGGUUGGCAGCAAACAUUAAUGCUGAUAAGGAAAAAAUAGUAAAUGCUCUGAAAGCACAGAAAAGUACAGAAACAUAUAGCUGUGAACAACUAGAAGGUUUUCCUUUAAGAUGUAUGGUAGAUUGUUUUGUUGGAGGAAAGAAAAUUGAGGGUAUAGGUAUGCUCUUACACUGUUGAGGUUGUUUAAGCAUGAUAAGAUAAAUCAACAUCUAAUUCAAGUUUUAGAAAUCUGCAAGGGUAGUGAAGCUGCUAUGACAUGAAAAAUCAGACUCUACUAUUUUUGACCUCUUUGGAGGUCAUGUGUUUUCUAGAGAUCUAUUAAUUUUGGGUUUUCUGAAAACUGUUCCAUUUUUCAGGCUUCUGAAAGUUGUUCACAUCAAUGUGAAAACAUUUUAAAUGAAGCAAUGAAAUUGUUGAAUUGCAUGUUAUGAAAAUAGGUAAAAGUAAUAGUGGUUAGGACACACCUCCUUUCACAGGUAGAAAAGGAAAGCCAAACAUCUAAAAAUGUCUGUGUUAACAUAUCAUUUGUGCUGUGUAAUGUAGUUUUUCUAAGCAUGACAACAUCGAUGCGCCUUUUCAAUGUAACAGCAAAUACUGUGUUAGUGAAAAUUGCCUGUUUACAUCAAGUUUUGUAUGAGUGUUUGGAGUGUGAAGACAGUGUGGAAUGUCAAAAUAAUACUUGUUAAUUCUGCAGUUCUGUAAUCAUGAACAAAAAUUACCUCUUGUCAGUUCGUUAAGCUAAAAUUGUUACUGUUUACUUGGGACAUCAAGGAGAAAACACUUUAGAAUGAAGAUUCUUCAGUCUUAUGACUAUUUCUUAUUCGCUAGGAAUGCAGCUACUACUUGUUUGCUUUAUGAAGCUCUUACCAAUGACUCAGAGUCUGGUUUUUAAGUGCGGUGUGUUUAAAGCAAGCAGGAUUCCUAUUUAAUUAUUUGCAUUGGGCAACUUACACAGAUCUGCUGUUUUGGAAAGUGGCUCUGGAGGCACUCUUAUAUGCCUAAAAUGAAGCAGGAUUAUUUUCAAUAGGAGAGCUUGAAAAAAGAACAUCUUAUAAAUCCAUUCUCUUUGAGGGUGUGUGGUUUCCCCGCUACCCACAAGCACAAUUUAUUCCUAUUUUAUUUUUGCCUUUAAGGCUUCAGUGUCUUCAACAAUGACUGGUAAAGCCCAGGCCUGCUGUUCAUCCCAAGGGAUGACGUAAAAGAUAAUGUGUUUUCCAAGACUGUUUUGGGAGCAAGAGAUCAGUAAUAUCUGAGGGGGUUAAAAAAAAAGAGAGAGAAAUGGUAGGUCUUUGUGACUAUUAUUUUGGGUUAGCAAGACUGAAAAGAGAAGUGUUUUUUAUUGUUUAUGUAUCAGAACAAAGAAUAUGCAGUGCUCUGAACAUUUAUUCUUGAACAGAGGUGGUUUCUAUUUCUACCUGGUAAUACAAAUACAGGUAGUCCCCAACUUACGACGGGGUUCUGUCCUGAUGACUCCGUCUUAAGUUGGUUCUAAGUACCAUUUUUUUGUUUUCAUUAUUAUUGCCUUUUAUUGUCUAUAUAGAUCUGAUCUUUGAACAUCUGUGAGCGAACAUCUGAGAACAUCAGAAAAUUACGUGUGCAAUAUUGUAUGUAGUACAUAUUACGAUAAGAUGUACAAAAAAAAAAAAAAAAAUCCCCCAAAA